ACGGAACCUAUCCAAAAGCAUAAAAAAAGCCUCUAAUUCACUACACUAUUGUCGGCAGAGCUUUGUGCUCACUGUUUAGCCAAACCAGUGCUCAGAACUUUCUCCGCCUCCGCCGACACUCAACACCCACUUAAUUAAGCAGCAACCUACCUCACAAUGCAGCUCCUCCACCGCGGCUUCGGCCUUGUGUUGGUGCUGAAUUCGUUGCUUCUGCUUGUGUCUUGUCAAGUUCAGCAACUCCGGGCCAGCACCCGCUGGCUCCCAGCCGUCGCCACCUGGUACGGCAACCCCGAAGGCGACGGCAGCGACGGCGGAGCGUGUGGGUACGGGUCAAUGGUGGACGUGAAGCCGUUCAGGGCAAGGGUUGGUGCGGUGAACCCGGUUCUGUUCAAGAGCGGCGAGGGGUGCGGCGCGUGUUACAAAAUCAAGUGUCUCGAUGGAAGCAUCUGCUCGAGACGACCCGUCACGAUAAUCGUGACAGACGAGUGUCCGGGCUGCUCCAAGGGGCCGGCCCAGUUCGACCUCAGCGGUGCAGCCUUUGGGCGCAUGGCUGUCGCCGGCGAAGGCGGUUUGCUCAGAAACCGAGGCGAACUCUCCGUCCUUUACCGACGGACACCAUGUAAGUAUCCUGGGAAGCAGAUAGCCUUCCAUGUAAAUGAAGGUUCAACAAAUUAUUGGCUAUCACUGCUAGUAGAGUUUGAGGAUGGAGAUGGCGACGUCGGAUCAAUGCAUAUAAGACCGGCAAGUUCAAGCGAGUGGAUCGAGAUGAGUCAUGUAUGGGGAGCUAAUUGGUGCCUAAAUGGGGGUCCUCUAAAAGGACCAUUCUCAGUGAAGAUUACAACUCUCUCGACAUCAAAAACUCUCUCAGCCAGAGAUGUCAUUCCCGGUAAUUGGUCUCCAAAAGCCACUUACACUUCUCGCCUCAAUUUCCACUUCUAGCUUGGCUUAUAUUUGACAAACAGGUCAUGAUAUAUAGAAUAUAAGCACUUUUUUGACUAAGGAUUUUCUAGGCCCAAAAAAGGGCUUGUCCGGUUGUCCCCAUGAGACAAAAGUAGCCGUUGUCGGGUCGGUGUUUUUUGCUUUUAAAGAAAAGUAGCCGUUGGAUUGCACUAAUUAAGUAUAAUGGCAUCCAAUGCUCUUUCUUUUUUCUUUUUUUUCUUUUUUUUUUUCUUCCUUCUGAUAUAUUGUUUUUCCUACUUUCCUGCUGUUCCAACCCGUUUUGUUUGUAGAUGUGCACUGAGAUAUGUUGCCAGCCCUCUCCAAAAGGAGAGAGAGCGUGUGUUCUUGCUUUGUUAAUGCUAUGUGUAAGUUUGUGGACCCAAUGGUGUUUUAAUGAAUUUGGACCCUUUGAUUGCA